GUCACUCCGGCAACAUAUACACUUUUUGACAUAAGUAUACAACUUUUGUUGUUUCUGUAGAAUUGACUUCACCUUAUUAUUCCACCAUGGAAGGAAUUGUUGUCGGUAUUGCGCAAAUAAAUUUUCACCAAAAUUUAAGUGGAAUAGCGGAUGAAAAUAGCUCACCAAACUUUGCUAUAGAGUCAUCUGCAAACAUGACAACUGCCGAAAGUUAUUUGCUCAAAGCAGAGGAAUUACCAACAAUAUGUGAGCAAGAUGUCGGCGAUGGUACUGUAAAUAAUUUAAUUGAAACAGAUACUACUGGUGAUAGUGGUUGGGAAGAAGUGGAAGAUGAUGAAGAAAAGUGCACGCGCAAUAAUAAGAGAGGCUACACCUUGGCCGAAAGGCGUCAAAUGCCAACGAGAGCCUCUAAAGAAUCUUCUCUGUUAGGAAUAAAGCGACGUACAAUUAUGAAACCCAGCAAGCGUGUUAGGAACACUGAUGAUUUUCAAAACUUAAAACCUGCCGAUAUAAAGAAAAUUUAUCUUAAUAAGAAGCUAACCAAUUUUAAACCCUCAAGUUUAGAGACUAUUUUCGAAGAGGCAACAACCACCACACAAAACAAUGAACAAGAUUAUAGUCGCCUAAUGGGAGGCCGUAAGAUAAAGAGGGCCCUCUCCUGUACAGAUGGUUUUAGAUACAGUAAGACUUUGGUGAAUAAAAGACGAGCCAAAAUAAAGAAGACGUUUGGCAAACGAUUUGCCUUAAAGAAAAUCUCCUUGGAAGAGUUUAUUACAAAACUAAAUGACAGUAUUGAGAAAAAUGAUAAUGAAACAAAUUCAACUGAGUGUCAAGAGCAGCGCGAGGAUGAAAGCAAUUACAAUGAAACUGCCACACAAUUUUCUUGUUCAGAAAUGUUUGUAUCAAAUAUCUCUGCUCAGCUAGAAGAGGAUGAUGCAAUGAUGCCAAAUAACAUUCCUACAACUGGAUUAGAAAUAGAAUUAUCAAACGAAAUGUCUCUGUAGUAGACAAAAAGGCCUAUUUUUAAAAAAAACUAAAUAUUUACAAGACUGAAGUGAGUGUUUAUAAUGCAAAUUAAUUAAUGUAGUAAUUUUAACUAUUUGACAAGAAAACUGCAAUUAUAAAUAUGUAUAACUAUACUACUCUGCCAAUAUUUCCUUUAUAUAUGAAAAAGAAGUUUCAAGGUUCAUUUUGGAAUGUUGGCAUCUUUUUUUAUAUCCUAUAUAAAUUUUUAAUAAAUCUUUUGAUUUCUCUUUUUAACGUUAAAUUUAAAA